AUGACUUUCUACAUCUUCGCUCGCGAUGUUAUCAGUGAUGUAAAAAGCGCCCCAGAAACGUUUACCAGUUGGGAUAAAUGCAUGCAAAAAUCCUAUUGCAAAUGGCCUGCCAUUGUUGGAAUCGUCGUUGGAUCUCUCAUCCUCCUUUCGAUCAUCUGGUGUUUCGCCAGAUGUCUCUGUUGUGGAGCGGAACUUUGUGCUUGCUGCUGCAAUUGCUGCCGCCCUCGCCGAAGUCGUGAUCGUCCCUCGCAAUACAAAGACGAAUACUCUCGGGUACCACCCACUCCUUAUGGAGGAUACCAACCUACCCCUGCCCCCAUGGCUUAUGGUCACCCAAGCGCGCCGCAAUUCGCCACCUUUGACGAUCCGAGUGGCAAGAAGAUCAACGAAGACAGUCUCCCUCCCAUGCCCAGCUGGGAAACGGCAACGAAGAGACGAGUGGAGGAUAUAAAUACAAACGGAGAUGUGGAGAUGGGACGACUUGAUACACAACCACAACGGCUGAGAGGUGGCUACAACAGCGUUCCAAACGGACCAAUGUCUCCGGUCUCCCACCAUCCAGCAGGAGGUUAUUUCAACAGCAACGAUACGAUGCACUCUUAUCAUUCAGACCUUGGUGCUCAGCGACUGGGCGCCAAUGGGACCGGGUAUGCUGGCUUCCAACCGGUACCCUUGAGCCCGCCUCCAACUUACCGAUCCUCAUCGAACGCUCCAUCAGUGAUGUCUGAGAAGUUCAUUUCUGGGGCUGCGAGCCCGACCCCCAACGAAUACAAUCAUCAACAGCACCAAUCGUAUCAUCACCAACCAUCUUCCUAUGCUCCAAGCAGUGUAAGUACAAGAUACGAACCGCAACCAGAUUAUGCUUCAAGUAGGAUCAGCAUGCCUGCUCCCUACAAUCCGCAGCCGGAGUAUCAGGCACGGCCACCCAGUUUCUCGCAAGUUGGGAGGAAAGCUAUUAGUGGGAGUUACAGGGAGGUUUGA